AAUUAUCAAGAGGAAAAUAAAUAAAUAAUACUUAUAAACCACCACCAACAAAAAAAAAACAACAACCUGUCAACCUUUAUUUGGGUCAUCGCAAGAGUGCCUACCUUGAAUCCACAAAGAAACCGUUCACAAAAUGAAAAUUGUAUACAUGGCCGUGUUGGGUACAGCUCAAACGUUGCCUACGCAACCUAUCCCUGGACAGGACCAAUCAGAUUGUUUGUCAUCGCUUGAAGUGAUUCCCGACUGUAUCCCUGAAAUUUUCCGAUCGAUAAUAAAUGGAGAAAUCGGGAAUGUUGGUCCCUCUUGCUGCCGUGCCUUUCUGGGUCUCGAUGCCGAUUGUGUCACUCAGACGUUUGUCUUCGCUCCCUUUUUCCCUCCGACUCUAGCGAAUCAUUGUUCCCGACGAUAAUAGCCUCAUGCAUAUACCUUUGGUGUCUUUGUUUAACGGACUCUAUUAUUCUACAUGUUUUAGGUCAUUAAAAUAUGCUAAUAAUUACUGUUAUGUUUCUGCGUCACUAAACAACUCUCUCACUACUAGAGAUCAAUGUUAACUUAUAUAUAAAAUUCACUCUGGCCAUCUUUAUGAUUAUCCAUAUAUAUUAUUACCAUUUAUAUAACCGUCUUGCGGGAUAAUUAUGUAUAAGAAAAAGAACGUCCG